AUGGACCUGGAGGCCAAAGUGAAGAAGAUGGGUCUAGGUCAUGAGCAAGGAUUUGGAGCCCCCUGUUUAAAAUGCAAAGAAAAAUGUGAGGGAUUCGAACUGCACUUCUGGAGAAAAAUAUGUCGUAACUGCAAGUGUGGCCAAGAAGAGCAUGAUGUCCUCUUGAGCAAUGAGGAGGAUCGAAAAGUGGGGAAGCUUUUUGAAGACACCAAGUACACCACCCUGAUUGCGAAGCUGAAGUCGGAUGGCAUUCCCAUGUAUAAACGCAAUGUUAUGAUCCUGACCAAUCCAGUUGCUGCCAAGAAGAAUGUCUCCAUUAAUACAGUUACCUACGAAUGGGCUCCUCCUGUCCAGAAUCAGGCACUGGCCAGGCAGUACAUGCAAAUGCUGCCCAAAGAGAAGCAGCCGGUGGCAGGCUCAGAGGGGGCACAGUACCGGAAGAAGCAGUUGGCAAAGCAACUCCCUGCCCAUGACCAGGACCCUUCAAAAUGCCACGAAUUGUCUCCCAAAGAGGUGAAGGAGAUGGAGCAGUUUGUGAAGAAAUACAAGAGCGAGGCUCUGGGCGUAGGAGAUGUCAAGCUCCCCCGUGACAUGAACACUCAAGGCCCCAACAGAAUGUACAUUCCUGGAGGGGACAGAAGCACCACAACAGCAGUAGGGGCCAUGGAGGACAAGUCAGCGGAACACAAAAGAACUCAGUAUUCCUGCUACUGCUGCAAACUGAGUAUGCAGGAGGGAGACCCAGCCAUCUACGCUGAAAGGGCCGGAUACGAUAAACUGUGGCACCCAGCUUGUUUUGUCUGCAGCACCUGCCAUGAACUCCUGGUUGACAUGAUUUAUUUCUGGAAGAAUGGCAAGCUGUACUGUGGCAGACACUACUGUGACAGUGAGAAACCCCGGUGCGCUGGCUGUGAUGAGCUGAUAUUCAGUAACGAGUAUACCCAGGCAGAAAACCAAAAUUGGCAUCUGAAACAUUUCUGCUGCUUUGACUGUGACAACAUCCUAGCUGGGGAAAUAUACGUGAUGGUCAAUGACAAGCCCGUGUGCAAACCCUGUUAUGUGAAGAACCAUGCUGUGGUAUGUCAAGGAUGCCACAAUGCCAUUGAUCCCGAAGUGCAGCGGGUGACCUAUAACAACUUUAGCUGGCACGCGUCCACAGAGUGCUUUCUGUGCUCCUGCUGCAGCAAGUGUCUCAUUGGGCAGAAGUUCAUGCCAGUAGAAGGGAUGGUUUUCUGCUCAGUGGAGUGUAAGAAGAUGAUGUCUUAA